AUGGCUGCCGGUGGAGCAGGAUACGGGGACUCGGUGGAGCAGUGCCGGGCCGAGGUGGAGCGCCUGAACCGGGAGCUGGCGGAGGCCAACCGAGAGAAGAUCCGAGCGGCGGAGUGCGGGCUGGUGGUCCUGGAGGAAAACCAGAGCCUGAAGCAGCAGUAUGCAGACCUGGAGGCCGAGCAGGAGGCGCUGAAGCUGGAGCUGGAGCAGCUGCAGGAGGCAUUCGGCCAGGCUUACUCCACCCAGCGUAAGGUGGCAGCGGAUGGGGAGACCAAUGAGGAGACUCUGCUGCAGGAGUCCGCCACCAAGGAGGCCUACUACAUGGGUCGUCUCAUGGAGCUCCAGUCGGAGCUGAAGCACAGUCGGGCUACUGCUUCCAACGCUCAGACUGACAACGAGCAUCUGAGCUCACUGCUGCAGGAGCUGCGGGAGAGUAACGAGAUGUCGGACCUGCAGCGCGGUCGGAUGCGAGAGGAGAUCGGGGAGUACAAGUUUCGAGAGUCGCGGCUGCUCCAGGACUACACGGAGCUGGAGGAGGAGAACAUCACUCUGCAGAAGCUGGUGUCAACACUCAAACAGAACCAGGUGGAGUAUGAAGGCCUGAAGCAUGAGAUCAAGGUCCUGGAGGAGGAGACGGAGGUUCUUAACAGUCAAUUACAGGACGCGCUGCGUUUGAAGGACAUCUCUGACACUCAGCUGGAGGAGGCGCUGGAGUCUCUGAAGAGCGAGCGUGAGCAGAAGAACCACCUGCGCAGGGAGCUGGUCCACCACCUCAGUAUGUGUGACGUGGCUUUCACAGGAAGUGCACACCUGAUGUUCACCUCCGCCCCGCCCAGCGGCACUGCCACCCCGACCAACCUGCUCUCCCCGAGCACCGAAGAUCCGACAAGGUGUAAUGGCCACCUUCAAAGCGGAACAGGAGCAGGCACAGCUACGGGGUCUGGGCCCAGGGCUAACGGAGAGUGCCGAGGCCCAGGUCGAAAGUCCGAGGGGGAUGAAACGUCGGACCUCUUUAGCGAGAUGAACCUGACAGAGAUCCAGAAGCUCAAGCAGCAGUUGUUGACAGUUGAACGUGAUAAAGUAGCACUGGUGAGCAGCCUGCAAGAGUCCCAGACUCAGCUCCAACAUACCCAGGGGGCUCUCACCGAACAGCACGAGAAGGCCCUCCACCUUAGUCAGAAAGUCACUGCCCUCCGCCGCCUGCAUCGACGAGCCAGAGCCAGUGCUGCUGCCUCUCAGCUCACCCCAGAGGCCCUGAUGGAGCUGGACAGGUGUGAAGAGGAGGCAGAAGAGGGCGGAAAUGAUGAAGAUAAGAGUGGGACAGUAAAAAAAAGUCAGGUAUUUUCAUACCAGACACCGGGUCUGGAAAUCUUGCAGUGCAAGUAUCGUGUGGCUGUGACAGAGGUGGUGGAGCUCAAGGCGGAAGUGAAAGCCCUGCGGGAGAGACUGGCUCAGUGCGGGGAGGGUGCAGCACAGGAGAAGCUAAGAGGAAACUGUCACCUUCAAAGACUGGAGAGGCACGUGGCCUCACUGGAGAAGAGCUGCCGGGAUGGAAGAGAGAAGGCUUCUACCUUGGAGAUGGACUUGCAGGCAGCUCAGUCGGCAUCCAGGGAGAGUCAGAGUGCGUUGAACGCAGCUCAGGAUGAGCUGGUGACGCUGAGCGAAGAGCUUGCCCAGCUCUACCACCAUGUCUGUCUUUGCAGCAAUGAGACACCCAACCGCGUCAUGCUGGACUACUACAGACAAGGCAGGGGGCUCAGGGGCCUCAGUGCCUGUCUCAAAGCCAUGUCUUCGGACAACAGCAAAGUGCUCCUCACACCACGCCUGGCCAGGAGGCUGGCCACUGUCGCUUCAGCAACCUCAACUCCCGUGGAGUCUCGGAGCCCUUCGGGGUCUCCGUCCAAAGAGCCCCUAUCUGGGGAGCGGGGGAGAGAGGAGGGGAACCGGGAGGGCCUCCAUGUGCCGUCUGAGCAGAGCCUGCCGCCCUGCACACCUCCGACCCGCUCGCCCAGCAUCAGUGCCUCUUCAUCGUCGUCAUCAUCGUCAUCACCUGCCCUGGAGCCGGCUGGCGAGCUGCGCAGGGAGCCCAUGAACAUUUACAACCUCAACUCCAUCAUCAGAGACCAGGUGAAGCACCUUCAGCGGGCAGUGGACAGGUCUCUGCAGCUGUCCAGACAGAGAGCUGCGGCCAGGGAACUGGCCCCUCUGCUGGACAAGGACAAGGAGACCUGCAUGGAGGAGAUCCUGAAGCUCAAGUCUCUGCUCAGCACCAAGAGAGAGCAGAUAGCCACGCUAAGACUGGUUCUCAAGGCCAACAAACAGACGGCAGAGGUGGCUCUGUCCAACCUGAAGAGUAAGUAUGAGGCGGAGAAGUCCAUGGUGACUGACACCAUGACGAAGCUGAGGAACGAGCUGAAGGCCCUGAAAGAGGAUGCCGCGACAUUCUCCUCUCUACGAGCAAUGUUUGCCACCAGGUGUGACGAGUAUGUGACCCAGCUGGAUGAUAUGCAGAGGCAGCUGGCUGCUGCUGAGGAUGAGAAGAAGACUUUGAACUCCCUCCUGCGGAUGGCCAUCCAACAGAAACUGGCCCUCACCCAGCGCCUGGAGGAUUUGGCCUUUGACCAAGAGCAGACCCACCGGACACGCGGGAGCAGGUUGACCCGUAUGAAGACCAGCACCCCAAAAGUAAGUCCCCCGGCCUCGGCUUCGGCCUACAACCUUGCCCAUGGCUCCACUUCGGCUUUGGUCCCCGCUGCUGCGGCUCUGGCUUCAGCUCUCACUUCCCCCACCUCACACAUACCCCCUCGCAGUCCGUCAUCACCAGCAAUCGCCUCAUCGGUUGGCCCUGUGGCACCAGAGAGCCCCCCAUCUCUGGAGGCCCCCUCCUUUUCCUCAUCCCAGACCCCGCCUUCAACCCCUCUGAGGCUGGCUCACUCCCAGUGGACCCUGGGGGUGCGGACGUUUAUGGUUGACUCCCAAAGUUUCAGUGUCAAUAUCCCCCCCACUCUGCCCCGUAGCUCUGGCCUCUCCAGGCACUACACAUCAGACUCUCAACCCUCUCCGCUGUCAACCUCUACCACCACCACCACUACUACUACUACCACCACCAGGCCUGCCCAGCCAGGAUCUGCCCCGUCCUCUCCUUACCGUUCCCCUGUCAUGGGACUCAGGCGCUCCACGUGGAGCCCCUCACCCCGAACUCGGCCCUUGUCCAGCCUGACACGCUCCUCAAUCCUCCACACUCCUUCCUCGUCCUCCCCUUACUCCUCCUCCCACUCCCCUUCUUCCUCCCACAGCUAUUCUUCCGCCUACUACAGCUCCUCUCCUGCUUAUACCCCCUCUAGCUCCUACCUCACUUCAGGCACCCCCACCUACUACACCCACUCAAGCAACUACACUCCCCUCUACCCCAGAUACUACAGUUCCUACCGGCCCCGACACUGA